AUGGCAAAAAAACGUCAGAGUCAAGACUCGAUAGAGUCCAAGACACCACAAAAGAAGUCUAAAUCAGACGUGAGUGAAUUUAAUGGAACAGCGUUCAAGUCUAUGCUGAAGGAUCCCAGCAAAGCAUGCAAAGGUUUAGAGACAUUCAUUGCAACUGCGAAGAAGUUACCUUGCGCCGACCUGUACGAUGUAGUCGAGGGCUACAUCAAAAUCUCAGUCGAUUGCGCCGAGAUAUUCAAACUUCUUGAGGGAGACAGUCAUGCGGAGGACGAGACCAUGCUGGUUUUCCACAGUUUAGAGAUGAUUUUGCUGCGUACGGCGAGUGACCUUUCCCACUUCAGCAUGGUUGGCUCUGCGAUUGUGAAAAAGAUCACAUCCACUCACAUGAAAUUGCUACAGACGUCUCUGUUCUCAGAAAACCACAGAUUUGUGCGCCGGUGCCUCAGUUUUCUGUCCGCCAUGGUGUCCCAGGGUACGGAAGCCGCGCGGGAGGUUUUCAGUCAUAUUCAUUUCAGCAAAAGUCUGUUUGGGCUUGCAAAGAGAAGAGACAAACUGGGGAGGCCCGAUAUUCGAAUGGCAUAUAUACAGUUUGCGUUGUCCUUCUUGGUCUCGGGGGAUAACGCAACUAUAGGGCAGAUACUUGAAAUGAAAGAAUUCCUAGGAGACAUUUUAAACACCGGGCUGAAGGAGGAGAGGCUCUCGACUGUCAGUUUGAUUUUGUCCACCUUAAAGACAAAAGUCGUGCAGAAUAAGGCGAUCAGUAAAACGCAGAAAGUGCGUUUCUUUACCUCGGCCAUUUUGGCUCAGAUCGCAUCUCUCUACAGAUGGAACGGAGCGGCUGAUAUCAGAACAGAUGAGACCAAGGCGGAGAAUCCCGAGGAGGCAGGGAAAAGCAUAGUGCGUGAGCUCGUUCACGGCUUUCUCCUGGACCUGUGCUGCUCUCGGAAGCACGGAAUCAGUUUUCACGAUCCCAGCUUUGGAACAGCGGGGAGGGCUGGGAACAUUGUCCUUCUGCAGUUUCUGGUGGGUCUUAAGACGGCCACGGAGGAUGAGCUGGUGGCAGAACUGGUGGUCGGUGUUCUAAAGGAGUGUCCGGACCUGCUGUCCAGAUACUUUAAAGAGACCCAGUACACCUUCACCCCCCGCGUCAAAAGUGUCUGGCAGGACAACGUCACUCUGCUCAAGAAGAUCUACGAGGCCCAGCCAGAGGUGUCCAAGGCUUUCCAGACCCGAGAACUCGUCCCUCUCCCGCGUCUGCUCACCAUGGUGACGCUCACCUCCCUGCCACCCGUCUGCACCAAGGCCUUCUUCACUCAGGGCCUGAGUUUGUCCAAUACGGUGGUACAGCACACCACGCUUUCCUUCAUGGCGUUCAUCCUGAAACGAGCUCAGAAGAACAUCGAGUACUGUCUGGACGCGAGUGUGUGGCAGAACUCUGACAUUUACACACCUGCCCUGAUGGAGGAGUUUGUCGCGCUCUACCGUGAAGCCCUGAGCAAGGUUUUACCAGAUGUGACUACAAUUGUGUCAAACUGGCAGACUCUGAUGAAGAAGGAGAAAGGAGGUGAUUGGGGGAAAAAGGGCAGGGCUGAAGGAGACCCACCCGAAGAGAAAACCAAGGCUGCAGAGCAUGGCCAGGAUGAUCCGAAGGUGAUCCUGUUGAAAGCUCUGAUUCUCCAGGUGCUAUGUCUGUACCAGAGAGUCGUGCCCCAUUUGAUUACCCAAAGUAAAUUCGACUUCAGCAAACUUUUGCAAGGCAUCAUGUUAGACAGGGGGAAGAUGAAGGAAGAUGUUCCUCCCAUCCUGCAGUAUCAGAUCCUGCAGCUGGCCUUAGAACUGCCUGCUGGCAAAUUCUCCUGGUUCAGACUUCAGGAGGUUUCGGUUACCACGGCGGGUGGAGGGGAGAGGUCUGUGUUCCACUCGCUCCUGAAGAUGUUUGUUAGCAGUAAUGAAAGACACCUGAAGACGUCGACCAGAAUGCUGGUACUGAAAGUUCUGAGAGACAGUGGUGUGUUUGAACACACCUGGAAAGAACUGGAGCUCUGGCUAAAUGGCCUGGUCGGCUUGGAGUCGGACCAGCAGGAGACCGUCAUCCAGUUCUUGGAUCAGGUGCUGAUGAGAGUGGUGUGUAACCCACACACGUACACAGAUAAAGUGGCCACGUUGGUACAGGAGGCAGCGUACCUGCAGGCCAGUCUGAGCGGACAGGACGCAGACGCAGCCAGCAUUCCCAUAUCUCACAUCGAUGAUGUGCUAGACAUGGUCGAUGUCAUCAUGGAAGGCAGUGACGGUGACGUCGAAGAGUUUGGGCCGUCCCUCACUGAUGACAUCAUCGUCCAAACCUUUCCCUUCAGUGCGGUGGUUCCAGCUGUGCUCGAGGCCAGAAACAAACUGCCAGCAACCUCCAGAGAUGAGAAAGGGGUGUUGUAUGAAUACCUGUGUGCGGUCCUCUGUGAUGUCCUACACUCUCAGAGAGAUCCUUUAGCCCUGUGUCUGACGCUUCAGCAGUACGAUAAAGAGCUGCACUCCUCUGAAAACACUCCUCCUCAUCCAUCCAUCGCUGCUCUCCAUCAGUACUACUCCAAAUGGCUCCCUCAGCAGUCACAGGAGGCGCUGUUUGAAGCGUGUGAAAGUGCGAGUGUUUGGACGGCGGCUGAUGGCUUCACAGCGUUUAUGAAGACUUCCUACAGCGAAGGACUCUCUCUGCUGCUUCAGGACUCCUUUAAACAGAGUCUACAGGAAGCCCUUGCCACUCUAACCGUGUCCCAGUUUCCCAUAGCUGUCAAUCAAACACUCCUCUACAUUAAGUCCUCUGUGGAUUCCUUCAGUUUGCUGCCCAAAGACACGAGUGUACAAAUAGUGGGGAGUCUAAUGGGCAUCCUUCAUGACUUAGUCAUUAAACUUCAGACCUUAGAGGAGCCAGGCCAGCCUGAGCAACCCGUGGAACCUCAGGAGGGAGCAGAAUUCUUUCUGGAAACAAGCUCCACCUCCUUUGGGGAUGUCAGUAAAGAGGAGGUGUUGCAGACCGUCCUUAAAUCUAUCUUUAAACACCCGGCACUGGAGCAGUGGUUCCUGGCUUUAGAACUCGGGUCUCUGCCCCCACACUCUUUAAACCCGGUUCGGCUGAAGCGUCUCUGUGCCCGACUCACGGAAGACAUCUUGACCUUGCUUCAGUCCAGUGCCUGUAGCCUUAGAGACCUGGAUUCCCUGGAGCUCAUCGGUGCCUUCCUGUCUGCCUCGCAGAGGUCACUGAUGAGAGAACUGGAGGAAAAGAGAGACAGGUGCCCAGUAAAGGAGUCACUUCCUGUGAAAGUAUUUCUAGCUUUGCACGAGUAUAUGGACUUCUCCAGCCUCAAAGACGUUGUUUCCACUCUGUUGUUGCUGCCGCAAGAGACUCUGGUCGCCCCUGGCGACAGCAUUUCGGCCAGUGAGCUUAGCGUGUAUGGUCAGGUGGUUCUGAGGGUCCUCACGGAGAGCAUGGCUCGUCCCAGCCGGGACGGCACCCUCAUCCUGACACACACCCACCUCCGUGGUGUCACCACGCUCUUCUCUUCAUGCCAGAACAGAAGUUUAGAAGACUUCCUUCUCCAGGUCCUGGAGAAGGAGCCAAGCAGCGCCAAACUCAUCCCGUCGGACGUCCUCCUCCGCUGUGUCGAGCGCGACAGCCCGUCCCUGCGGACCGUGGGCUCGCUGCUGCUGCAGAACUCCCCCGCGCAUCGCCUUGCCUUUGAGAUGUGGUGUCUGGACCCGGAUAACCUGUCGCGCGUGACUGACAACAGCAGUGGCUUCCUCUGCCUGCUGAACUCCUACCUACGCAGAAUCUCCACCUGCUCCCGGCUCGGAGAGGUUCGGACAGCAGCCCUGGCGGCCUUAAGAGGAACCCUGCAGCCCAGGCUGUGGUGUGCGCUGCAGAGAGAAGAGGAGACUGUCGCUGAAGACCGUCUAACACAGCAGGUACAGAUACUCUCCACCCUCAUCAAACUGGCGGGCGAACUCGCAGACGUCGCCGACGUCACGAGGGACCUGCCAGCAGUACUACGGAAACCUGAGGGAUACGAAAGAUGGAUGCUAGCUGAUGUCGUCAGUGAGAAGUUAGCAGAGUGUGCAGAGGAGCAGCAGGAGUCCUGGAGGAAAUCUUUGCUCAACGCUGCCCUCUGCUGGCUCGUUGGAGCGUACAACAGUUGCAAAGAGCAGAAGAAUGCAGAACUGGAGAAAGAGGAGGCCAUGUUGCAGAGAGUACAAACACUGCUGGUGAGGAGGAGCUCACCAGGAGAUAUCACAGGUUCAGACUGGAACAGCUUUGUGAAGACUGGAUUAAAGUAUCGCUAUAGAGACCAUGUCUUCUUGAGUACUCUGAACACCCUGCUGGAUCUGAUGUAUGGGGAUUCGAAUGCCUCUAAAGACCUGUUGCCCUUAGCAACCAUUCACAUGAUGGCGACGAGUCACUCUCUCUUUCUCCCCACGAUGCUCGGCGCCCAAGAUGACCUCAUCAUCAGCCCUCAGGCAAAAGAGGCGUUAGUGUCUGUUCUCCUGACCCUGGUGAAGAAAAGCCCCGAGCUCUGUAACAGCAGUCAUCUUCUCGUGCUCCUGGGCGCGUAUGGAGCCACUUUAAGCACUACAGAUCAGAAACUGCUGCUGUUGCUUCAGGAGUAUGAGAAGAAUAAUGUCAGCUUGGUGGAGUUCCAGUCUUUGCUCUGGGGUCUGGCUGCAGUGGAACACCACAAGGCUCGUAAAAGCCUGGGUCCGUCUCUAUGGCAACAGCCCAGCUCAGAGGAGCUCCUGGCCCUCUUGACUGCUGAUAGGAUGUUUAAUAGCAUCGCUCACUUUCCCCAGCAGCGCCGCAUCAUCCCUCAGGAAGGUAAAGAGCUGAUAUACAGAGAAGAGGGGGAUGGUGCCCUGGAGCUGGGCUCUCUCUAUGACCCCUGUUUCCUCCUGCCUCUCUUCAGCUCCAUGCUCCGACCAGAGUGUGCGGUAGACUGUUUGAAGUUUGUGACCAGCCACGCCCUGGGCUUCACAGUGGCCGCCCUGAGCAGUUACGACCCCAAGAUGAGGGCAGCGGCCUACCAAGUCCUGGGCUCUUUCUACCAGCAUCUGGAAGGAGCACGCUUCAGAGAGAAGAGACAGUUGCUGUAUUUGCUGGACACUGUGAAGAACGGUAUAAAAAAACAGAAUCUGUGUUUGCCAUCUGUGCUGAUCACUUACGUUGCCAAAGUUGCCCAGCAAAUGCUGAAACCUGAGGAACAUAUGUACAUGGUACUGAACAAGUUUCUCCUCGGACAUCAGUAUCUGGACCUCAAGAGGGUUCCGGAAUUCUUCAAGUUGUUUUACAGCUUUGAUCUGGAGCACAAACUGGAGCGGGAGUGGAUUUUGAGUGUGUUGGAGGAGGGAGUCACAGACAGGAGCAGUUAUGAGGUCUGUGAGGAGCAGGGGAUUUACCACAGUCUGCUGGGCUUCUGCAGCAGCCCCCUCUGUGACGAAUCCACCCAGAUUCAGAUAGUGAGAGUCCUGAAGCAGACUGCAGGUGUGACCAAGGCUGCAUAUAACCUGACCAAAGCUCAUGGGAUCCUGUCAUGGUCUCUACAGAUAGUGGAAAGAAAGUAUCUGGAUUGCAGAUUGCUCGAUGCCAUCAUUGAGCUGCUCGGUAUGUUGUGGUUUACUAACCUGGGCCAGAAGGAGAGCAGAGCGGAGGAGAGAAACGCAGCAGCGGCGGAUGAACCACAGGGCUCUGUGAAAUGCCUGCCUCUUCCUCUCAUUAAUGACUUCCAGUAUGUGUUGACAGCCAUCAUCAGACACUUGAGGAUAGGCGUGCAUGCACCACAGCUGAAGCUGUUGCUGCAGAUGCUGGCGUCUGUACUGAGGCAUCGCGGGACGGCUCUCAGAGCUCAUGCGGAUGCUGGCUGGUUGACCUUACGACCCCAGGCUCUGUCCUGCACAGAGGCCCUCUGUCUUCUGCAGCACUGGGCCAUGCUGUCGCACAAUGCAUCGCUUGUGUCUAGCCUAAAAACUCUGGGUAGUCAGCAGAGAGUCAAAGAACUACUUGGAUCUGUGACAGAAAGACCCAGAGGUAGAGGAUCCUCUGCUAAGCUCCAUCGACACCACCCGACUGAGCAGGUGGAUGGUAUAGAUGGAGAGGCGGAGAAAAAUGAACAGUUCAUGUUGGAGGACUGCAAACCCUUUCUGAGGAGCAUCCUCACAUACUGGGCACCUGGGCCUAUCCCAGCAUGCACCUCUCCUGAACCCCGGUUGAACUCUGAUCCUUCUCCGGUUGACAAACCUGACACCAGCGACCUGGUCACCGACGCUGCCCUGCUGCUCAUGAAGUGGACGCUCCAAAGCUUAACGGAAAGCUCUUACGAUGAGACCGAGACGGCUGGCUUCUUGAAAUGGGUCCAAACCGUCCUUAAACUCCAUAAAGGUGUAGCACACAGACUGCUGAGGGACACUGCGGUUAAACUGGAUUUCAUUAGACUGUACCACAAAGUCUGCGAAGAUCAAACCCAGGGACGAGAUUCACGCAGGAUUGAAACCGUCAGACUGUUCACUUCCAUUAUGCUAGAGCUAAUUGAGGCCCAGGGUGUCCCACCUGGAGAUCUGUACCAUACAGUGCUGGCGACAUGCCUGUCCAAAACUGCCAGAGAUGAUCCCGGAGAAGAAGUGGGGCUCAGGCUGUUAUCCCUGUAUAUUCACGAACUGUGGAGUGGAGCGAAGAUGCCAGAAUUGUUCCUGUCCCACCUCCGCCUGCUCACUAAAGACCAGGAGAAGGGACCAAAGCAGACAACAUCGUCCAUCACGAGAAUUUGUAGAGACAUUCUUUCAGCGUUGCAUUCAUCUAUGCAAUCGUGACACCUGAUAUGAUCUUGAAAAAUGUGGACA